GAGAUUCACGGAGUUCAACAGCACUAGAGCUGAAAGAAGAAGUUGGACACAUUUGGGUGUUCUCUCUGGAGCGGCGGAGGCUGAGGGGAGAUCUGAUAGAGGCUUAAAAGGUUAUGAGAGGCAUAUAUAGAUGUUCGGUGCUGUGGAAAAUAUACCGUCUGUCAAAACUUUUUCCCAGGGUUGAAAUGUCAAAUGUCAGAGGGCAUGUAUUUAAGGCCCUCCAGACUCAGUAACGUCCUCAGAAAUUUUCUCUGUACUUUUCCAGCGUGGAGGGAAACCUUGUGGUCACAACGAGUACACACAAACAGCAACAGGAACCGAGCCUCUAACAAGAGAGAACUACAGAUGCUGGAAAUCCAGAGCAACACAUGCAAAAUGCUGGAGGAACGCAGCAGAUGCUGCCUGGCCUGCUGAGUUCCUCCAGCAUUUUGUGUAUGUUAAUCAAAUAGUAGAACUAUUUUCAAAGAUGAACUUUGGACUAGAUAAGUGCAGAGCAUUGAACAUAAAGAGGGGUGCAAUAGAGCUUACUGAAUACAAGGCAGAGCAGCCGGAUACAAUACAACCGAUGAUGAACGUGAAAUGUGUUAAGUAUCGGGGGUAUCAGCAAGCAAUGGAAAUAGACCACAGAGCAAUAAAGGGAAAACUUUUGACAAAACUUACUUCAAGGUUUAAGAAAAUCUGCCAAAUGGAGCUCAAUAGUAAAAAUAUAACAAAGGCAUUGAACACUUUAUGCCCAUAUUAACGUAUUUUUUGGCAUGAUAUCUUGAUCAGAAACCGGUCUGGAAAAUUUACAAAGAAAAAUAAGAAAUUAAAUAACAAAUUUUAUAAAACAGCAUGUACACUCAAAAACACUUAGAUUAACAGUACCUAGGGCAAAGCAGGAAGAAGAAUAACAGACACAAAAAAUGAAACAGGAUUCAGCACUCCACAAGAGCAUAUGCAAUUCUGAUAAGCAGUACGUACCACCAAAUUUAAAUGAAAGCUCAACCCAGGAAAAUGAAGAAUUUAUCACUACACAAGAAAAUGCUAACCAACAGAAAGAAGAGUGUGACCCUCCAGGGAAGACAUCCCCAUGUUCUGAGCAGACUUGAUGUCGCCAAGGGAGUGGCUCAGAGUUGGAGACCUCUUCCCGGAAACAGGGGGGUUCCUUGUGUCCAUACAGGACCAGGUGGCUAGCACAAAAAAAAUAUCAAAAAUACAUAAUAAAGGACCAACAAAUUCAAGAUGCUAUAUACAGAAAAUGCCAAGAGAAACCAGAAAUAGUCCAACACAUCACAGGAUCCUGCAGCAGUUUAACUCAUUCAUCAUAGAUCCACAACAUCCAGGCCAUAUUCUCUUCUCACUGCUGCAGUCAGGAAGAAGGUUCAGGAGCCUCAGGACCUACUCCACCAGGCUCAGGAACAGUUAUUACCCCUCAACCAUUAGGGUCUUGAACCAAACGGGAUAACUUCACUCACCUCAACACUGAACUGUUCCCACAACCUAUGGGCUCACUUUCAAGGACUCUCAAUCUCACGUUCUCCAUGUUUACUGCUUUUGUUUUCUUUCUUCUUGUAUUUGCGGUUUGUUGUCUUUUGCACAACAGUUGUUUGUCCAUCCCAUUGGGUGCAGUUUUUCAUUGAUUCUAUUGAGUCUCCAGUAUUUACUGUAAAUGCCUGCAAGAAAUGAAUCCCAGGGUUGUAUAUGGUGACAUAUAUGUACGUUAAUAAUAAAUUUACUUUGAACUGCCAUUCCUACUCUGAUUAGCACAGGAUACAGGGAGCAAUCCCGAGGAUUCCUUCUCGCUGAUACCUACAUACACGGCGACAAUUGGCUGUUCACCCCUCCCUUCCAGACAUCCCACAGCCUCUCUGCAACACUCCUGCCCCUCACAUUUGGGAGGCAACAUACCAAUUGGGAGUUGAGUUUGUAGUCACAGAAGAUCUUAUCUGAAAGUUGAGACCCAAAGGUCAAACCUGUAAUCGGCAAGACUUGGGGUCAGCGAAGGGUAAAGACAAAGGUUAAAGUCAAAAGCUUGGUGAGUCCAGAGGUUAAAAAUCUCAAAGGUCAGAGGCCUGAUGUCAGUGAGUCUGAGAGUUUGGGGCCAAGGACUGGAGGCCGAGAAGCGACCUGUCUUGGGUCUGGAGGCCUGCCUGUGUGUGUAUGCGGGUAGGAAAAGGGCUUGUUCUGCUGUUGUUUAAUUCUGCUGAGAAUCGUGGACAUGUUAUGUUGGUGCCAAAACGUCUGCAGACAUUUGUGGGCUGCCCCCAGCACACCUUUGGGUGUGUUGGUUAUCAACACAAACGAUGCAUUUUGCUGUACGUUUCGAUGUCCACGUGAUAAAUAAAUGAACCUGAAUGCAGAUUCCCCCUCCCACAAUAGCUCUUCCUGUCUGUGUCCCGCUCUCCUGUGUAGCAGAGCCAUGACCACUUCCCCGAGUGAACCCCCUCCUUCCAAGUGGUACUUCUGUUCUGGAGGGAGAUGACUAGAGGGAACUCCUGCCCUCCCUCUCAGCUACGCCUCUGCCUGUUGGGCCCCCCCCCAGUCUCCAUCUUGCCCUCGACCCAUAAACAGCAGUGUGCCCAACUUCCUGAACGUGUUAUCCGCAACAUUCUCAGCACUGCAGUUGGCUCCAGGGCCAUCAUGUGGUCUUUCAAGACCUGCAGCCAGACACACUACCUGCACACGUAGUCAUCAGCGUCUCGGGCAGCUUCCCUGAGAAACACAGAAAGAUGCUGAAGGAACUCAGCAGGUCAGGCAGCAUCUACGGAGAGGAAUAAACAGUCAAAGUUUCAGACUGAGACCUUUCAUCGGGACUGGAAAGGAAAAGGAAGAAGCCAGAAUAAGAAGGUGGGGGAGGGAGAGGAGGACAAACAGGCAGGUGAUAGGUGAGACCAGAUGAGGAGGGAGGUGGGAGGGCGGGGGAGGAGGAAUGAAGUAAGAAGCUGGGAGGUGAUAGGUGGAGAAGGUAAAGGGCUAGAGAAGGAUGAAUCUGAUAGGACAGGAGAGCGGACCACUGGAGAAAGGAAAGGAGGAGGGACACAAGAGGGAGGUGUAACAGGUGAAGAGAAGGGAAGAGAUGUGGGGAGCCAGAAUGGGGAAUGGAAAAAGAGAGAAGGGGAGGGGUCAGUGUGGACAUGGUGGAGGGUUACAAAUACCUGGGGAUACGAAUUGACAAUAAACUGGACUGGUCAAAGAACACUGAGGCUGUCUACAAGAAGGGUCAGAGCUGUCUCUAUUUCCUGAGGAGACUGAGGUCCUUUAACAUCUGCCGGAUGAUGCUGAGGAUGUUCUACGAGUCUGUGGUGGCUAGUGCUAUCAUGUUUGCUGUUGUGUGCUGGGCCAGCAGGCUGAGGGUAGCAGACACCAGCAGAAUCAACAAACUCAUUCAUAAGUGAUAUAUACAUAAAUGAUCUGGAUGAUGGGGUGGUAAAUUGGAUUAGUAAGUAUGCCGAUGAUACUAAGGUAGGAGGUGUUGUGGAUAAUGAGGUGGGUUUUCAAAGCUUGCAGGGAGAUUUAUGCCGGUUAGAAGAAUGGGCUGAACGUUGGCAGAUGGAGUUUAAUGCUGAGAAGUGUGAGGUUCUACAUUUUGGCAGGAAUAAUCCAAAUAGAACAUACAGGGUAAAUGGUAGGGCAUUGAGGAAUGCAGAGGAACAGAGAGAUCUAGGAAUAACAGUGCAUAGUUCCCUGAAGGUGGAGUCUCAUGUAGAUAGGGUGGUGAAGAAGGCUUUUGGAACGCUGGCCUUUAUAAAUCAGAGCAUUGAGUACAGAAGUUGGGAUGUAAUGUUAAAAUUGUACAAGGCAUUGGUAAGGCCAAAUUUGGAAUAUUGUGUGCAGUUCUGGUCACUGAAUUAUAGGAAAGAUAUCAAUAAAUUAGAGAGAGUGCAGAGAUGAUUUACUAGGAUGUUACCUGGGUUUCAACACUUAGGUUACAGAGAAAGGUUGAACAAGUUAGGUCUCUAUUCAUUGGAGCGUAGAAGGUUGAGGGGGGAUUUGAUCGAGGUAUUUAAAAUUUUGAGAGGGAUAGAUAGAGUUGACGUGAAUAGGCUGUUUCCAUUGAGAGUAGGGGAGAUUCAAACGACAUGAUUUGAGAGUUGGGGGCAGAAGUUUAAGGGAAACACGAGGGGGGUAUUUCUUUACUCAGAGAGUGAUAGCUGUGUGGAAUGAGCUUCCUGUAGAAGUAGUAGAGGCCAGUUCAGUUGUGUCAUAUAAGGUAAAAUUGGAUAGGUAUAUGGACAGGAAAGGAGUGGAGGGUUAUGGGCUGAGUGCGGGUAGGUGGGACCAGGUGAGAUUAAGAGUUCGGCACGGAUUAGGAGGGCCGAGAUGGCCCGUUUCCGUGCUGUGAUUGUUAUAUGGUUAUAAGGCCAGUGAUGUUGUGAGGGUGGAACUGGACUCUCUGACGGUGGUGUCUGAAAAGAGGAUGCUGUCCAAGUUGCAUGCCAUCUUGGACAAUGUCUCCCAUCCACUCCAUAAGGCACAGGAGUACAUUCAGCCAGAGACUCAUUCCACCGAGAUGCAACACUGAGCGUCAUAGGAAGUCAUUCCUGCCUGUGGCCAUCAAACUUUACAACUCCUCCUUCGGAGUGUCAGACACCCUGAGCCAAUAGGCUGGUCCUGGACUAAUUUCCACUUGGCAUAAUUUACUUAUUAUUUUUUAAUUAUUUAUGGUUUUAUUUUGCUAUAUUUCUACAUUAUUCUUGGUUGGUGCAACUGUAAUGAAACCCAGUGUCCCUCGGGAUCAAUAAAGUAUGUCUGUCUGUCUGUCUGAGAGAGCCCACAUUGCACAAGAGGAGCCUGACACAGGCUGGAGCUCAUCUGUCAUAACUAAAGUAAUGAGGAACGAGAAAGAAUCUCUCCUCACCUUGCCUUUACCUUCCGGGUUAAGAUGGCGCUGGUGAAAUCCAGCGACUACUUAUCAGUAUCAAACAAAACAAAGAAUAGUUUAACUUUAUCCCAUAUACUUAAUUACUAUUUGGAACCUAAUCCUCUGAUGGACGGUGGGAGGAAACUGGAGCACCCAGAGGAAACCCACGCAAUCAGAGAGAGAACGUGCAAACUCCUUACAGGCUGUGCUGAAAUUGAACUUUGAACUCUGGGACGCGCAGAGCUGCGAUAGUGUUGCACUAACCAUAUGGGAGUUGAGGUAAGGCAAGGAGUACAGAGGACAUGCAGCUGAGGACGACUGUGGCAGUGUGUAGUCAAACCCAGACAAGGGAGACCUUUGGCGUGAGAUCACCAGAGCCACCUACUCACUACAGACUCGAUAAGCAAUCUAAGGCACACAAACCAACUAAGGGACAAUUGCUUUACCAACUUCAAAAUAUUAUCAGUUGUCAGCUUGUAGUUUCUAUUGGCUUUUAACAUCCCUAUUGUGAAUAGUGAUUGACUUUGCAAGUAACGAGCUCAAACAUACAGUUUACUAAAUGAUCAAUAUCUGUAACUGAUUAUCCGAUACUCUAUAAAAGAACAGCUUUCUAUUCAGACGUUAGAACAAUGCAGGUGACCGGGGCCACGCUGGUCUCCUUGUGCACAAGUAAAAUAAAGUGUGUUUGAAUCAUAGAAGUGAGUGUGUUCUGGGUCUAGUAAUUUGAUUUUAUUAUCAGUGACCACAAACGCUAAGGCACCAUGGCUACUGAUACAACCACACAUGAAGGUGGCCGUCAGCGUUAUUAUCUAAUCAACUAUUAACUAACAAUUUGCGGAUGUGCCUCUUUUAGGAUCUCUCCAGCAAGUCCUGAGACCUAGCUCAUUGGAAAUCUCCCACCUCUCACUCCCAAGUCCCGGCUCCUGCUGUUCGGUGUAAAAUUGCACAGAGCACACUGGGGCUCAGAGAUACCUUUACAGUUUCUGUGAAUGAAUACACAAAGCAGUUCAGGAAUCAUAUUGACCUCACCUGACUGACUGUGUAGCUGAUAUGUUGCAGUAGUUCACCAUAGCCAGCUGGGUGGUGUAUACUGUAAACCUUCAAGAGGUGAUGCCUCAGGAAGGCAGCAUCCAUCCUUAAAGUCCCCAUCACUCAGGACACGGCCUCUUCUCAUCGAGGAGGAAUUACAGGAGCCCGAAGGCACAUUCUCAAUAUUUUAGGAACAGCUUUCUCCCCUCUACCAUCAAAUUUCAGAAUGGAAAAUGCACCCACGAACACUUCCUCAGGUUUUUUUGUUCUCUUUUUGCAUUUCUUACUUAAUUUAAUUUUAAAUUGAUAUUUUUUAUUGCAUAUCAGACCACAUCAAACUGCAUUGCAGCCACGCAUAGAAGAACUAAUGCACUUAAAUGGAAAUUUCUACAAAAAGCAGUGGAUAUGGGCCAGUCCAUCACAUCUACAUGGAAUGUUGUUGCAGGAAAGCAGCAUCCAUCAUCAGGGCCCCCCACCACCCAGGCCGAGCUCUCUUCUCACUGCUGUAAUCAGAGACCCCCACCACCCAGGCCGAGCUCUCUUCUCAUUGCUGUAAUCAGGGACCCCACCACCCAGGCCGAGCUCUCUUCUCACUGCUGUCAUCAGGGACCCCCACCACCCAGGCCGAGCUCUCUUCUCACUGCUGUAAUCAGAGACCCCCACCACCCAGGCCGAGCUCUCUUCCCACUGCUGUCAUCAGGGACCCCCACCACCCAGGUCAUGCUCCCUUCUCACUGCUGUCAUCAGAGACCCCACCACCCAGGCCGAGCUCUCUUCCCACUGCUGUCAUCAGGGACCCCCACCACCCAGGCCGAGCUCCCUUCUCACUGCUGUAAUCAGGGACCCACACCACCCAGGCCGAGCUCCCUUCUCACUGCUGUCAUCAGGGACCCCACCACCCAGGCCGAGCUCUCUUCUCACUGCUGUCAUCAGGGACCCCACCACACAGGCCAUGCUCUCUUCUCACUGCUGUCAUCAGGGACCCCCACCACCCAGGCCGAGCUCCCUUCUCACUGCUGUAAUCAGGGACCCACACCACCCAGGCCGAGCUCCCUUCUCACUGCUGUCAUCAGGGACCCCACCAUCCAGGCCAUGCUCUCUUCUCACUGCUGUCAUCAGGGACCCCCACCACCCAGGCCAUGCUCUCUUCUUACUGCUGUCAUCAGGGACCCCCACCACCCAGGCCGAGCUCUCUUCUCACUGCUGUCAUCAGGGACCCCCACCACCCAGGCCGAGCUCUCUUCUCACUGCUGUAAUCAGGGCCCCCCACCACCCAGGCCGAGCUCUCUUCUCACUGCUGUCAUCAGGGACCCCACCACCCAGGCCAUGCUCUCUUCUCACUGCUGUCAUCAGGGACCCUCACCACCCAGGCCGAGCUCCCUUCUCACUGCUGUAAUCAGGGACCCCCACCACACAGGCCGAGCUCUCUUCUCACUGCUGUAAUCAGGGACCCUCACCACCCAGGCCGAGCUCUCUUCUCACUGCUGUCAUCAGGGACCCCCAACACCCAGGCCAUGCUCUCUUCUCACUGCUGUCAUCAGGGACCCCACCACCCAGGCCGAGCUCCCUUCUCAUUGCUGUAAUCAGGGACCCCCACCACCCAGGCCGAGCUCCCUUCUCACUGCUGUAAUCAGGGACCCCCACCACCCAGGCCGAGCUCCCUUCUCACUGCUGUAAUCAGGGACCCCCACCACCCAGGCCGAGCUCCCUUCUCACUGCUGUCAUCAGGGACCCCACCACCCAGGCCAUGCUCCCUUCUCACUGCUGUCAUCAGGGACCCCCACCACCCAGGCCGAGCUCUCUUCUCACUGCUGUCAUCAGGGACCCCCACCACCCAGGCCGAGCUCUCUUCUCACUGCUGUAAUCAGGGACCCCACCACCCAGGCCGAGCUCUCUUCUCACUGCUGUCAUCAGGGACCCCCACCACCCAGGCCGAGCUCUCCUCUCACUGCUGUCAUCAGAGACCCCCACCACCCAGGCCGAGCUCUCUUCUCACUGCUGUCAUCAGAGACCCCCACCACCCAGGCCGAGCUCUCUUCUCACUGCUGUCAUCAGAGACCCCCACCACCCAGGCCGAGCUCUCUUCUCACUGCUGUAAUCAGGGACCCCCACCACCCAGGCCAUGCUCCCUUCUCAUUGCUGUAAUCAGGACCCCACCACCCAGGUCAUGCUCCCUUCUCACUGCUGUCAUCAGAGACCCCCACCACCCAGGCCGAGCUCUCUUCUCACUGCUGUAAUCAGGGACCCUCACCACCCAGGCAGAGCUCUCUUCUCACUGCUGUCAUCAGGGACCCUCACCACCCAGGCAGAGCUCUCUUCUCACUGCUGUCAUCAGGGACCCUCACCACCCAGGCAGAGCUCUCUUCUCACUGCUGUCAUCAGGGACCCUCACCACCCAGGCCGAGCUCUCUUCUCACUGCUGUCAUCAGGGACCCCCACCACCCAGGCCGAGCUCUCUUCUCACUGCUGUCAUCAGGGACCCUCACCACCCAGGCCGAGCUCUCUUCUCACUGCUGUAAUCAGGGACCCCCACCACCCAGGCCAUGCUCUCUUCUCACUGCUGUCAUCAGGGACCCCACCACCCAGGCCGAGCUCUCUUCUCACUGCUGUCAUCAGGGACCCCACCACCCAGGCCGAGCUCUCUUCUCACUGCUGUAAUCAGGGACCCCCACCACCCAGGCCAUGCUCUCUUCUCACUGCUGUCAUCAGGGACCCCACCACCCAGGCCGAGCUCUCUUCUCACUGCUGUAAUCAGGACCCCACCACCCAGGCCGAGCUCUCUUCUCACUGCUGUCAUCAGGGACCCCACCACCCAGGCCGAGCUCCCUUCUCAUUGCUGUAAUCAGGGACCCCCACCACCCAGGCCGAGCUCUCUUCUCACUGCUGUAAUCAGGACCCCACCACCCAGGCCGAGCUCUCUUCUCACUGCUGUCAUCAGGGACCCCACCACCCAGGCCGAGCUCCCUUCUCACUGCUGUAAUCAGGGACCCCCACCACCCAGGCCAUGCUCUCUUCUCACUGCUGUCAUCAGGGACCCCACCACCCAGGCCGAGCUCCCUUCUCAUUGCUGUAAUCAGGGACCCCCACCACCCAGGCCGAGCUCCCUUCUCACUGCUGUAAUCAGGGACCCCCACCACCCAGGCCGAGCUCCCUUCUCACUGCUGUAAUCAGGGACCCCCACCACCCAGGCCGAGCUCCCUUCUCACUGCUGUAAUCAGGGACCCCCACCACCCAGGCCGAGCUCCCUUCUCACUGCUGUCAUCAGGGACCCCACCACCCAGGCCGAGCUCUCUUCUCACUGCUGUAAUCAGGGACCCCCACCACCCAGGCCGAGCUCCCUUCUCACUGCUGUCAUCAGGGACCCCACCACCCAGGCCGAGCUCUCUUCUCACUGCUGUAAUCAGGGUCCCCACCACCCAGGCCGAGCUCUCUUCUCACUGCUGUAAUCAGGGACCCCACCACCCAUGCCGAGCUCUCUUCUCACUGCUGUAAUCAGGGACCCCCACCACCCAGGCCGAGCUCUCUUCUCACUGCUGUAAUCAGGGACCCCACCACCCAGGCCGAGCUCCCUUCUCACUGCUGUAAUCAGGGACCCCACCACCCAGGCCGAGCUCUCUUCUCACUGCUGUAAUCAGGGACCCCACCACCCAGGCCAUGCUCCCUUCUCACUGCUGUAAUCAGGACCCCCACCACCCAGGCCGAGCUCUCUUCUCACUGCUGUCAUCAGGGACCCCACCACCCAGGCCGAGCUCUCUUCUCACUGCUGUCAUCAGGGACCCCACCACCCAGGCCAUGCUCCCUUCUCGCUGCUGUCAACAGGACCCCACCACCCAGGCCGAGCUCUCUUCUCACUGCUGUAAUCAGGGACCCCACCACCCAGGCCGAGCUCUCUUCUCACUGCUGUAAUCAGGGACCCCACCACCCAGGCCAUGCUCCCUUCUCACUGCUGUCAUCAGGAAGGAGGUACAGGAGCUUCAGGACUCACACUCUAGGUUUAGAAACACUUAUUACCACCAGCCCAGCUGGUAGCUGCGUACAACACUCCCACAGUCAACAUCUUCUGGAUGGACCAUGAAAUCAUAUAUUUCACUUCUUUUAUGCCUUUUACAUUUGUGUUUCAUCUUGAAUGUAAGUCUGGAACUGUUAGAGCCUGUGAAUUACAGUUUGGAGGUAGUUUGUGUGUUCCAGCACUCUGCAGUCUCCAGAGAAUUCUGGGAGGCAAACAUCAUGGUGAGAAGGCUGCGGGACAGGGCGCAAGCUGAUCUUCGACUCCAUUCCACUGGUUAAAGCUUCCAUUCCUCACCAAUUGAAGCAACAAGGGAGAUAGAAAUAUUGAGGCGAAUGCAGAAGAGCAACUUACUCAGAAUGCUGGAGGAACUCAGCAGAUCAGGCAGCAUUAAUGGAAAUGAACAAGUGUCUACAAUUUGGGCCGAAAGCCUGCUCAGUACUGGAAAGGAAGGGUGAAAAUGCCAAAAUAAAAAGUGUGUCAUCUUUUGCUGACUGGUUGUCUGCUCUGUUGGGGUGGUCUUUCAUUAAUUCUCUUGAGGUUACUGGAUUUAUUGAGCAUGCCCACAAGAAAAUCAUUCUCAAGGUUGUAUUUGGUGACAUAUCUGUACUUUGAUAAUAAACUUACUUUGAACUUUGAACUGAUUUAUGGUUUUUAGCAAAAUUACCAUGUAUUGCAAUGUGCAACUGCUGC